GCUCUUUGGGGUAGUUGAAGGAGGUAACCGGCGGCGUCUCUUCAUUACCUUUACAUAAAGCCCGGUGUUCAUGCCUUUUGGCCCCUACUGAUUUCCUUUAUUUACAAUUCUGCCACAGUCCUAGCCUCUGAGGCUCCAAUGAUUAUAUAAAACAAGCGGCCCAUUGUGCUUUUUCUAUCUUUCUGUUGGUUCACUCACUUGUAGUAACUGGAAGUACAAGAUAAAAAGGUUCCAUGGACAAUGCCUUGGAUGAAGAGCAACAAGCGCCAGCUGCAGUUGUGACUGGCUUACGUUUUAAUGUCUCUACAGACACAGAUUAUGAGAAGAUGUCUGUCAUGGAAAUUAUGGUUCCUAAUGAGGUCUCUGAUCCUAAGUUGGGGUUCCCAAAUUUUUCCAAUCAGUGCUCUACUUGCGGAGCUGGAGACUUUAAAGCAUGUGAAGGUCACUUUGGGGUUAUUAAAUUUCCAUACACAGUACUCCACCCAUAUUAUUUGUCUGAGGUUGCACAAAUUUUAAAUAAGAUUUGCCCAGGAUGUAAAGCAAUCAGGAAGGAUCUAUGGGUGAAGAGGGGAGAUUCAGCAACUAGAGUACAGAAGCCCAAGGGUUGCAAAUAUUGUGUUGGGAAUUCAGGAGGCUGGUACCCACCAAUGAAGUUUAAAGUUUCCUCAAAUGAUCUUUUUGAAAAAUCUGCAAUUAUUGUAGAAGUGAGUGAAAAUCAUUUUAGUAAGUAUCAAAAAAGAGGACGGAAAGCAUUGGCUGCAGACUAUUGGGAUUUUGUUCCAAAAGAUGAACAGCUAGAUGAAAAUUGCAUAAAACCAACACGAAGAAUUCUAUCGCAUGCCCAGGUUCAUUAUUUGUUGAAGGAUGUGGAUCCUGAGUUUAUUAAGAAGUUUGUUUCAAGAAUGGAUGCUAUUUUCCUUAGCUGUUUUCCUGUUACACCAAAUAGUCACCGGGUGACUGAAGUUACACAUGCAUUUUCUAAUGGGCAGCGAUUGAUAUUUGAUGAAAGAACUAGGGCUUAUAAGAAACUGGUUGAUUUUAGAGGAAUGGCUAAUGAAUUGGGCUCUCGUGUACUGGACUGCCUAAACAUUUCCAAGCUGCAUGUGGAAAAGCCAUCAAAUGAGGAUCUUAUUAAUCCCCAUAAACAAAAUAAAGAUUCUGGAUCUAGCAUGUCUGGUUUGAGAUACAUGAAAGAUGUUAUACUGGGGAAAAGAAAUGACCAUUGCUUCCGCAUGGUCGUAGUUGGUAAUCCAGCUCUGAAGCUCUGUGAAAUUGGUAUACCCUGUCAAGUUGCAGAGAGGUUGCAAAUCUGUGAGCAACUCAACCCUUGGAACUGGGAAAAAUUAGAGGCUGCAUGUCAUUUACGUAUCCUAGACAAGGGUGAAAUUCAUAUUCGCAGAAAAGAUGGAUUAGUUCGGAUACGUAAUAUUGAUGAGCUACAAAUAGGAGACACUAUAUACAGGCCUCUGAGUGAUGGGGACAUUGUGAUGGUAAAUAGACCUCCUUCAAUACACCAACACUCCCUCAUCGCUUUGUCUGUUAAUGUCCUUCCUGUAAAAUCAGUUCUAUCCAUAAACCCACUGAUCUGUUCACCUUUUCGUGGGGAUUUUGAUGGUGAUUGCCUUCAUGGCUAUGUUCCUCAGUCUGUGGAGACCAGAGUGGAGCUUAAUGAGCUUGCUGCUUUGGAUAAGCAGCUAAUUAAUGCCCAGAGUGGUAGGAACCUCCUUUCAUUUAGUCAUGAUAGUCUAACUGCUGUGUGUUUAGUCAAGGAGGAUGGGGUACUCUUAAACCAUUGCCAAAUGCAGCAGCUACAAAUGUUCUGUCCCCAUCAGUUGCCAUUUCCAGCAAUUGUCAAAUCUCCUUGGCUGAAAAGUUCUGUUUGGACUGGAAAGCAGUUGCUUAGCAUGCUCUUGCCUCCAGGAUUUGAUUUUGUUUUUCCUCCAAAUGGUGUCUGUAUAAGUAAUGGAGAGCUUAUAUCGUCAUUUGAAGGAUCUGCAUGGCUGCGCGACACUGAUGGAAACCUUUUUGAAAGCCUUAUUCAACAUUACCAAGGAAAGGUUCUGGACUUUCUUCAUGCUGCUCAGGAAGUUCUUUGUGAGUGGUUGUCAACGAGGGGUUUGAGUGUCUCACUCCAGGAUCUAUACCUUUCUUCUGACUCACACUCCCGUAAUAACAUGUUGAGUGAGAUUUUUUGUGGUCUGCAAGAAGCAGAGCAGACAUGUAACUAUAAACUGUUAAUGGUUGAUACUAGUCGUGAGUUCCUCAGUGGCAAUAGCGAAGAGGAUCACAAUUUUAUGGGUUUUGAUGUUAAGCGCAUGUGCUAUGAGAAGCAGAGAUCAGCUGCACUCAGCCAAGCUUCUGUUGAUGCAUUUAAGGAAGUCUUUCGGGAUGUACAGAAUUUAGCGUACAGAUAUGCAAAUAAGGACAACUCAUUUCUGACCAUGAUCAAGGCAGGAAGCAAGGGUAAUUUACUGAAAUUGGUGCAGCAUAGCUUAUGUCUUGGCUUGCAACAUUCACUGGUUCCUUUGUCCUUCAGAUUUCCACAUCAGCUCUCUUGUGCUGCAUGGAACGAUCAAAAGUCAAAUUGUUUAACUCAGACAGCCAAUGAUGAUGAUGAAUCUGCUAAGAAGUACAUCCCAUAUGCUGUUAUUGAAAAUUCUUUUCUGACUGGCUUGAAUCCUCUGGAAUGUUUUGUUCAUUCAGUUACCAGUCGGGACAGUUCCUUCAGUGACAAUGCUGAUCUUCCUGGGACAUUGUCACGAAGGCUAAUGUUCUUCAUGCGUGAUUUGUAUGCUUCAUAUGAUGGAACUGUUAGAAAUUCUUAUGGGAGUCAGCUUGUUCAGUUCUCUUAUAAUAUUGACAAGGAUGAACAUGUUUCAACCAGCAGCACUGCUGACUUAAUUGGCAUGAGCAAUGCUGCUCUUGAUGGAAUAGGUGGUGAACCCAUUGGUUCAGUUUCUGCUUGUGCCAUUUCUGAAGCUGCAUACAGUGCUCUAGAUCAACCAAUUAGUCCACUUGAAACUUCACCAUUGCUGAAUCUAAAGAGAGUUCUCGAAUGCGGCUCAAAAAAAAUCAAUGCUGACCAGACCAUGUCAGUGUUCUUAUCUGAGAAGCUGGGAAGGAGCAGACAUGGUUUUGAGUAUGGAGCCUUGGAUGUAAAGAAUCAUUUGGAGAGGCUCUUCUUUUCCGAAAUCAUUUCUACUGUGUUGAUAAUCUACGCCCCACAGACCUCUAGUGAAAAGCGCUUUUGUCCUUGGGUCUGCCACUUCCAUGUAAGCAAGGAAAUUGCAAAAAGGAGAUGGCUUAAGGUGCAGUCUAUUAUUGACUCACUUCAGACAAGGUGCAAUGCUGCAAAACAAGAUUUCAAAAUCAAUUUACCUAAGAUAGAAAUCACAAGCAAGGAUUGUUCUUCUGAGGACAUGCCAAGCAAAGAUACGUAUUGCAUCACUGUUGUUGCAGUUGAAAGCCCCAAAGGUUCUUCCAUCCAACUGGACUUUAUUCGGGACAAGUUGAUACCUUUCCUGCUUGGAGCAGUAAUAAAGGGAUUCUUGGAAAUAAAAAAGGUGGAUAUAUUGUGGAAUGAUCGGCAAAAAGUAUCGAAAUCCCACAAAGGCCCUAAUGGCGAACUAUACUUGAGGGUAUUCAUGUCUGGUGAAUUAAACAUAACAAAAUUCUGGAGUGUGCUGAUGGGGGAUUGCCUCCAAAUUAUGGAUCUGAUAGACUGGACACGGAGCCAUCCGGAUAAUAUUCGUCAGUUUUGCUCAGCUUAUGGAAUAGAUUCAGGAUGGAAAUACUUUCUCAAUAAUCUGAAGAGUGCAAUAUCUGACACGGGAAAAACUAUUCUCCAUAAACAUUUGCUACUUGUUGCUAAUUGUUUGUCAGCUCCAGGGGAGUUUGUAGGCUUAAAUUUAAAAGGCUUGGCUCGACAGAGAGAACAUGCAUCAGUAUCAUCACCCUUCAUGCAAGCAUGCUUUUCGAAUCCUAGUGCUUGCUUUAUAAAAGCUGCUAAGGCAAAAGCCAAGGAUGAUCUCAAGGGUACUCUAGAUGCAUUGGCAUGGGGAAAAAUUCCUCCUAUUGGUACUGGUGGGCAGUUUGAUAUGGUAUUUUCUGUGAAGGAUAAAAAACUCUCAGAGCCUGUUGAUGUGUACAAGCUUUUGGGAUGUGAUAUUAGUUCUCACACGAAGAAUAAAAAGUUUGAAAAACCUAAUGGUUUGAAGCAAAAGUCUGACAAAUACAGUUCUCGGUUUGACUAUGCACACGGUAGUUCUGCUGUGAAAGGGCUGAACAAAGUAGAAAAAAUAGAACUACCAAGAUCCUUUUUAUUGAGAACCUUUAUAACCUUGAAUGAUAUUCAGAGGCUCUCAUCUGCUUUAAGGAACAUAUUGCACAAGUAUGCCAUUAAUCAGGAGGUAAGUGAAGCAGACAGGAAUACCUUGAUGAUGGCCUUAAAUUUUCAUCCUCGAAAGGAUGAGAAGAUUGGAAGCGGAGCCAAGGAAAUAAAGGUGAUUAAUCACCCAGAGCAUAAAGAUACACGCUGCUUCUCAUUGGUAAGAACGGAUGGAACAGUUGAAGACUUCUCAUAUCGCAAGUGUGUCCACGGUGCUCUUGAGAUCAUUGCCCCAAAGAGGGCAAAAUCUUAUGAGUCAAAAUGGUUGCAAUCUGGUACCGUGUAACCUAACUCCCUUUGCAUGUACAUAUUGGGAUUGGAGGUGUAGAAUAAUCAACAUGCCAGGCCUUUCUACGUUGUUCGUGUCAAUCAGUGGUCACACAUUGCUUGAGCCAAUAUAACAACAAAAGCCAGUUUUUGCUUGAACAAUUAAACUGGAUUCUAGUUUUGGAAAUUGUAGUGAAGCUCAAAAAUCAUAGGCAGCUAAUGGUCCAAACAAGGCAUUGCAUCAUAUGAGAAGGUUAACAUUGGUUUUGGAGCCUUCAUUCCUUUGUAAAGCUGUACAUUUCAACAGAGUCAGAAUGUUGUGCUCUAGGAAUGUGCUUCCAUGGACGGUAAGCCAUUUCGUUUUUGUUAAUCUUGUUUUCUUUCUGGUUGUAAUUUUGCUUUUUCUUCCUUCUAACAGGGUAGUUACUUUACCCAUGCUUCUUUUUGCUACUUCCACUGGAACUUCUUAGCCUUCCAUCAUACCUGGCCAAAAAGAUCUAGUGGAAGCAGCAAAGAGAAGCUGGUAAAGGGCAAACCCAUCUAAUGAUGUAUUCCCCAACAUACAAUAUAUAUAAUGUAAAAUAAGAUCCCAGCUAGCUA